AUGGCGCGAGCGUACGCCACCACGACUCCGCCGCUGGAAGGCAGUCACAACGACCCUGCUGAUGAGGGUGUGCACAGGAUGAACGACGGCAGUGUUGGCGCUGCCGCCGCCCACCUCCAACACGCCCCGACGCUUCGCAGCGCCCUGCCGCCGAGCGCCGUGGAGCUGCCAGAGGAGUCGUUCCUCAAGUGCAUCGACAAGGAAAUCUUCGACGAGAAGGUGCGGCUGGACAAAGAGGAUGGUCCGCCGCCGGUGCCCAUGGGGUGGACGAUGCAUCACACGGAGGGGACCAGCUUCAUCUACGGACGGCGGCUGUGGGCGCCGCCGCCGUCCUCCUCCUCGUCUCCACGCCCAAGAAGUAGAGACACUGAGGCGCAAGGCAACGAUGUCAGUGGCAGCUCUACCCAGGAGAACCGAGACGGAGAGCAGCAGCGAGAGGUGCGGGCGGCUCCACGGGCUGUGGAACGACAUUUUUUACGCAUCCAACUCACCGCCCGUGAUGCCUCGCUCGACCCUGAGUGCGACGUGCGCGGCGAGCACUUUCCCUUCUCCUUCUUUGUUCAACGCGUUCUCUCCGAAGAAGGCGAUGGGGGGAGUGGGGCGGGAGUAACGGACAGCAGCAGUGGUGAGCAGGGUGCCACCGCCAGCAGUGAGGACACUCUCCAUGGCGAUGUAUCCGAGGAGCACACCUUCUACCACAACAGUAUCGAGGCUCGCUGCGACGUCGUUGACGGGGAGCUGAUCGUCGACAAUGUGGUCUACCACGGCCCUCCUCCUCACACGUCGAACUCCCCGUCCUCGUCCGGUGUGCCACAGCCGCGGUACACGAACCCAUUCGGCGGCUACCCGGGGCCAAACCUGGACGAGGCCGAAGAGGAAGUCCUCGAUGGCAUUCAAAGUUGGCUGGCCGAGCGCGGCGUUGACGACCAGCUCGGCGAAUUUGUUGGGCAGUACUCUAUAUGGGUUGAGCAGGCAGAGUACGAGCGGUGGCUGCAGCAGCUUCGCGACUACGUGGCAGCCUGA